UGUUUACUCUUCACAUCGGUGCAUUAAACUAAACAUAAAAAACAACGUUUUAUGCUACUGGAAUAUGCCAGAGCAUAAAAAGAAAAGGUCGAGGUCCAGGUCACGGUCAUCAGAUCGUCGACAUAAAAGACGCAAAGUCGACCAAAUGCAGCUACAACUGAAUAACCUCACAAAGGCGGUUGAGGGCUUGGUCCGAGCCCAAAACCCCCAACCUCAAGCUUUGCCACCAAAUAAUGGGGCUCAGCUACCCAAUAUUGAGGUUUUAAAUACUAAGAUUGCUGACAACAAAGAGGAUAAAGAGAAUAUCCCGGAAGUAACUGCGAACACCAACUCUGAAACGAACAUGAGAGAUGACCUCAAGGGUCCAGAGACAGAUUUUUCCCUAGACGCAACGGACAAGGAUAACAACGGAUAAGACAUAACAUCCUUAAAGUUUUGGGAGUAGACUUGAAUGAGUCAAAAUUCAAAAAAGUAAAAUUUCACGCCGAAUUGAAAAAUAUCUGGUCCAAAUGGGUGAAGCAGGGGCUCUCGGAGAAAAACAAGACUGAAAUGCUGGAGUCAUACAACCGAAAAGGGGAUCUGUUCACAGAGGCUCCCAAGGUGAAUUUGGAGAUACUCCCUCUUCUUUCUGAUGUGGCAAAAAAGCGUGACCAACAUUUUUCAGAGACACAAAAUUGUAUCGGUUCAACGUUGAUUGCACUAGGCGGCGCAAUUUCCAUGCUCAUCCACCCUCCAGAUGAUGGACUAGAUGAAGACAUCUUUCUCGAUUACUUGAGCCAGGCGGGACAGCUAUUAACAGACGUAUUCUUUCAGCAGUCUGUAGCUCGGAAGUCAUUCAUCACCCCUCAACUCAAUAAAUCAAUAAAACCGGCGGUUGAGGCGAUGAUUUCUGACGAAUGGCGCUAUGGGAAUGAUUUAAAAGAUGAAGUGAAGGAUGUCAAAGAAAUCGCCAAAGCUUGCGAACAUAUUAAGGAGAAACCCCAGCCUAAAACUAUCAUGAGAUCACAGGUCCAGGGAAACUCGAGGUACCCGUCUACGAACUCUCGUCAGACGGGGUACCAUCAGAAAUCUCGGAAGUUCCUAUUCAAGAAGAGGUCGAAUCAAGGUGCAUCCUCCAGCUCAGCCAAGAUGAGCCCUCGGACGACAACCCAAUCUUCAUCAAAGAAGUAACGCAGGUACGGAAACCAGCUGGACGCCUGAGUUUCUUUAUAGACAACUGGCGAAAAAUCACCUCGGAUAAAUAUAUUUUGAGUUAUCUGGAUGGAUAUCGAAUUCCAUUUAUUCAUAAACCCUAUCAGUUGAAUUCUCCAAAGGCACAUGUCUUUUCUAAUGAAGAAAUGGAGCAGUUUCGAAUAGAAAUUGAUAAAUUAUUAUCAAAAGGGGCCAUUGAAGAAUGUACUCCGUGUGAGGAUCAAUUCAUCUCUUCUUACUUUCUUGUCCCACAUCCUGACGGAUCGUAUCGUUUUAUUUUCAAUUUAAAAAACUUGAACAAAUUCAUUGUUGCUCCGCAUUUUAAACUUGAAGAUAUCAGGGCCGCUAUGAAGCUCUUAUCAAUCAACGAUUUUAUGGGAACGGUGGAUCUUCAAGAGGCUUACUUCGUAGUACCCAUGUAUAAACACCACACAAAAUUUCUCAGGUUUGAAUUUUAAGGAACACAUUUGAGUUCACGUACCUCCCAUUCGGUCUUUGCACUAGUCCCUACAUUUUCACCAAAAUAAUGAAACCUGUAGUCAAUGUAUUGAGAUCGAAAGGUUUUUUAUUAGUUAUGAACAGUGCAAAAGACACAUGCGAACUGCAAAUAUCUAAAGCAUCGAAAUUUCUGGAAGAUUUAGGUUUCUUGAUAAAUUGGGAAAAAAGUUCUGUGAUUGGAAAACAAAAAUGCAAAUACUUAGGUUUCGUGAUUGACUCAGUAGAUUAUUCACUAAAUUUAAUUGACAAAAAGAUGGAACAAAUAUCUCUUUUAGCUUCUUCUUUCCAAGUAGGAAAAAGUUACAAAAUUGGUGAUUUUGCCAAAUUUUUAGGAGUGAUAACCCCACCUUGCCCCGAUGUAGGUUAUGGUUUCAUCCACUGCAAGAUCCUAGAGCGACAGAAAUCUCUAGCCCUGAAAUUUAAUGGUGGGGAUUAUGAUGCAAGUUUAUGCAUAAGGGAUUGUAUGCUUAACGAUGUUAAUUGGUGGGAACAGAACGCCCACAUUGGCCGCAAUCCAAUUAGAAAAAAUCAUUUCAGCAUAGAAAUUUUCUCAGAUGCUUCAUUGUCAGGUUAGGGGUGUUAUUGCAAUAAUGUAUCUGCUCACGGUUUUUGGGAUGAGGAAGAAAAGAAUAAGCAUAUAAAUUACCUGGAAUUGCUGGCCGCCUUUUACGCAUUAAAAUGUUUUGCAUUCGAUUUGUCUAAGUGUGAAAUUUUGCUCCGACUGGACAAUACAACCGCAAUUUCGUAUAUAAAUAGAGCGGGCGGUAUACAAUUCCCACAUUCAAGUAAUUUAGCUAGAAGUAUUUGGGAGUGGUGCGAAUUAACAAAUCUGUGGAUAAAGGCCUCAUACAUUAUGUGCCAGCAAUCGAGAAAAUGAUUGUGACACUUUCGAGUUAAUAAAUUAGUUUCACUCGAAAGAAUUAAUGACUAAACUUUUAUUUUUCUGAAUUCCUUUUGUUUGAGGUUUUUGGUAUUUAUUUGUUUAUUUUUGAUUUUAUCUUACUGACAGUUGUCACGGGGGUUUGAACAAAGAAUAAAAAUGCACUUAUGGUUUGAUUUCACCUUUCAUUUAAUCACAAGUUUAAAUUUUUCACAUUUGCACUGUUAUUAUGGGUUUAUAAAGAGAACUAGGUUUUUCUACUGGGACCAACUCUGAUCAUCGAAGCUAAUCUCAAAAUGAAGUCUUGGGAAGAACUUGGACACUCGCGAUGUGGUUCGAUUGUUUGCCUACUUGGUACUGUUUUCUUUUGCCCUACACUCCCUCCUCAAUUACUUCCCGAGAGGGGUAACUAGUUUCCUAAAUUUUAAGAAGGGAUGAAAAUUGUAGUUCUGAUUGGUGGGAGGUUUCUGUAGGAGGGUCUGCAUGCAAGGAGAAGAAUUUUUGCUCUUCGACCUUUGGGUUUUUAAUAAGGGGAAUUCCCAGGUCCCGUUGCGGUCCCGAGGCUUGUGAGGAGAUUGCUGACCGGUUGCAAAGGAUCAAGCUGUAAAAUAAGCGGAACGAGGGAAAUUGUGGUAGAAACC